UCAGCCGCGGACGUGUCUCGUGGUACCCACGCGGGUGGACUGACGUCGCGUUGGCGAGGGCGGCACAGGAAGGCGGCGCUGACGAAAGAGGAGAAGAAGGGCGUGUUUAAUUUUUAUUUUUUUAAAGGCGCCAGGUGGGCGUUGGCGUGCGUAGCUGUGGGGCGUGUGUGUUUGUGUGUAGGUCGGCCCUCUUAGAAAGACGGAGAUUCGAAAAUAAGGCGUUUUUUUGACUCCCAAUUAAAACAGUCUGAUUUUUUAAUCGAGUGACUUUUUUAUAAAUAUAUUGGAAAAAUAUCGACGAUUUUGGAGAAAUACAUUCUGCAAUAGUUUAUCUACUUUUCGACUCUCUUCCGAAGACGUGGAAAAAAAAAAAAAACAGAAGACAUAUAUUAAAAGUUAAUGAAUUCGAUUUUUUAAAAUCUUUAAAAAGAUACCAGAAAAUUUUUUUUUGAAAAUAAUAUAUUUGACUUCAUAUAAGAAUAUAUUUAUAACAAAAAGCUGUGACAAUAAAUUAAAUCGACUUCAAGAAAUACAUUCGAUCUAUUUCCAAACAAAAACUGAAAAAUUAGCCGAAAUAAAAAAAUAUUUAAUAUAAGAAUAUUCGCAAAAACAAAAACAAAAAAAAUCUUAAAUAAAAAUAUUCGCAAAAAACAUUUCUAUAUAAAUAGAUUUUAUAGAUAUUUUAUAGAUAUAGAAUAACAUUUUCUCCUUCUAUAUAACUCUACCCUCAAUUUUCGAUCUUUUUACUAUACAUAUAUAAAAAUACCUAUAUAAAUAUAUCUAUAUGUAUAUCUAUAAACAUAUUUUUGUAUGACUUUAGAAUGUACUUACCGGAUGAAACCUAUAGGAAUAUAUAGCGAUUGAUUUACGAAUAUUCGACGGAUUUUGUGAAAUUGCAAAGAGUGAAAUCGCACGAAGAUAUUUACCAUUAAAUGAAUAUUUUCACCGAAGUCUAUUAACCGCUGCGCCACUGAGAAGUGAAAUCGCUAGCCAAUCAAAUGAAAUGGCACCACAGGCAUAUCAAGUUAAUGGAAAUCGCUCCCACGUCAAAUGGUGUGAAAUCGCGGACCAGUCAAGUCACGCAUGGUGAGAAAUUGCAAGGCCGUCGAAUGAGAUGAAAUCACUCGCCAAGCAAACGGAGUGACGUAGCUGACCGGCCAGGUCAUGUGAAAUCGCACACCCAUCGAAAGUAUUGCGAUCGCUCUGAUGCCAAUCGAGGCGAGAGGUGAAAUCACUCGCCAACUGAAUGGCUUGAAAUGGCAAGCCAGUCGCACGAGGUGAAAUCGCUUACCGGUCAAAUGGUGUGAACUGUAAGCCAAUCAAUAACACGAGGUGAAAUCGCUGACCAGUCAAACGGUGUGAAAACACUUGAAGUUUUAAAACCAUGUGAAAUCGCAAGCCAGUUAAAUGGUGUGGAUUCAUUCACUAGUCAAACAGUGUGAAAUCACUCGCCAGUCAAAGGGUGUGAAAUCGCUCACCUGUCGAUUGGUGUGAAAUCGCUCACCUGUCGAUUGGUGUGAAAUCGCUCACCUGUCGAUUGGUGUGAAAUCGCUCGCCAGUCAAACUGUGUGAAAUCGCUUACCAGUCAAUUGGUGUGAAAUCGCUCGCCAGUCGAAGAGUAUGAAAUCGCAAGCCAGUCAAACUGUGUGAAAUCGCUCACCAGUCAAAUAGUGUGAAAUCGCUCACAAAUCAAACAGUGUGAAAUCGCUCACCAAUCAAGCAGUGCAGCAUCGCUCGCCAGUCAAUUCGUGUAAAAUUGCUCGACAGUUAAACAGUGUGAAAUCGCAAGCCAGUCAAAUGUUGUGAAAUCGCAAGCCAAUCAUGACAACCUCCCUCAACUUAGCGGUGAUUCUCUUCAUCUUAGGAACGGCAAAUAUCGCCUCUACUGAGGAAGCCCCCCUGGUGGUCGUGUACGCGAUUAGGGGCCAGACCGUCAGGCUCCCCUGCAACUGGACCACUUCCCCAGAGGACCCGGUCAUUCUGGUGCUGUGGUACAAGAAUGGCACUAAGACCCCAGUCUUCAGCGUUGACCUGAGGUCAAUGGACGAAGGCAGCAGCACGCGGGCCAGCGACGUCUUCGAAGGGCGUGCCCGCUUCCAGAAGGACCACCUGAACUGGGUACUGGUCGUCAAGGACGUCACCUACAGCGACCAAGGAGAGUACAGGUGUAGGCUGGACUUCCAAGGGUCACCCACCCACAAUGCCAAGGUUCACCUCCAUGUCGUUGAUGAGCCUCACAGCAUCCGAAUCUAUAGCACAGGAGGAUCCGCUAUCGAGAGAGAGGCCUCCGUGCAAGAAGGACGUCCGCUCUCUCUCUCCUGUAGAGCAACGGGAGGUGAACCGCUCCCAAAUGUGACCUGGUGGUCAGGGCCGACCCUCCUGGACUCCGAGGAGGAGGAGAGGCAGGUCAUGACCUCCUCUUCCCCUUCCACGGUGACCCCGAAUACCCAAGCGGCGCCCUACGUCACCAAUACCCUGCAUAUCGACUCCCUGACGAAGGCUCACUUGGCCCAGAAUCUCACCUGUGUGGCUGCAAACACUCCUGUGCUGAGACCUCUAACUUCUACUGUGCUCCUCAGGCAAACAGAAACAGAGCUCCUAGUCUCCAUGGAUGCCCCAACGGGAAGACUCCUGGGCGACCACGAAUACGACGUCAAAUGUCGGGCAUCAGGGGUCAGGCCGCCCCCCAUCGUGACCUGGUGGCUUAGGGGGAACAGACUCAUGGAGAAUAUUGAUGGACAAAGCGUCGGCCCUGACGCCACCAUCUCCCUCCUACGACUCCUGACGACCCCCGGAGACGACGGAGGAAUCCUGGAGUGCAGGGCGUCGUCUCCAACGCUCCCUCACCUGACCGCGUCUGACUCGACGAAGCUCACCGUUUACUACUUGCCCAAGGCCACCAUAAGCAUCGACGCUGGGGGUGGGCAAGGUUCCCCGUCAGAGUUUGGGCAGCCAGCCACUUCCGCGUCAGGUCUCCGCGAGGGCAGGUCAGCCACGUUGACCUGCGUGACCCGGGCUAACCCGCCGAUCUACAAUCUCACGUUUAUGUUCAAUGGUCGGCCUCUGCACCGGCAGAAUGUCAUCACGAAGGGGUGGAGUCUGACCUUGCUCGAACUCCGACACCAGGACUCCGGUCUCUACACCUGUCUGGCCUCCAACACCGAGGGAGAUGGCGAGAGCAAUGCUGUCGCUCUCCACAUAGAUUAUGCUCCAGUCUGCGCCUGGAAGGGCGAACGAGAGAUAUUGGCAGCCGUGGGAGAGAAAGUCAAGAUGAACUGUUACGUCAAGGCAUCGCCCCCUCGCGUGACCUUCGACUGGACGACCUCGCAUAAGGAAUCCCCCAUCCACCACCAGGACAAAGGUCUCUCAUCCGAAGGCUGGAUGACAGCCUCCAACUCAUCCAGAAUCGGCGUCAACCAGUGGGCCAAGUGCUACGCUACCAACGAUGUGGGGAGCUCCUCCCACCCCUGCGUCUUCUCCAUCACUCUCGUCGAGCCACCAAGUCAACUGGUGGGCUGCGAUUACCACGAGGUCACCACAGACUCUGCGGCCGUGACCUGCUCCGCCGGUUCCACGUCCGAGAAAUUGACGCCCACAUACCACAUUGAGGUACGCGAGGGGAACACGGUCAUCCUGACGAAGAACAGCAGUAAGCCUAGGUUCAACCUGAGCACCCUCUCCCCUGGGCGGGACUACGUCCUCGCCAUGUACGCCAGCCACCAGAAAGGGCGGGGAAAGGAGACCACGCUCCUCCUGCGGACGCCCACGCCCAAGGCGGAAGAGGUGGCCCCCGAGAGGGUCUCCAUUAACCUAAACAACGAACCGGGUGCAGAGAUCCUCCUACAGCAGCCCCCCCUCUGGGGACUCCGCCGAAAACCUCUCUUCUUCGGAGGGCCUACCGGUCAACGCCAUCGUCGGCGGGGCAGCCGCGGUGGCCAUAGGCCUAGCAGGCGUGGUGGCGGCUGUCGUCUUCUGCCGUGCCCGCAGGGCCCAGGGUGGCUCCAUGUCCCCCGGGGGUGGGAAGACCUCCCAGCAGCAGUUCGGCCACCACGCGUCGCACGACUCGCUCCUGGAGCUGCCCCACGGGGCCAUGUACCAGCCGUGCACUCGCCACCCUUCCAGAGAGCUUCUGACAACGUUCUCCCCUGGGCCUGUUGUGGUGACGCAGGUGACCUCCGGAAGAUCGUCGAUAAGGUCCUCCCCGCUCCCUCGACGUUCCUCGACCCGCAGCGCCCCGGGAGGGACGUCGCCGAGAAGGCACAGGCCGAGAACUCCGUCUGUGCGUGGAGGACCGGUCCACGUCGUGGAAGUGGAGUCCGACAGCAUCACAACUCCAAGGGUGGAGAUAGAGUCUCCCUCGAAAUCCCUGGCGUCGAUACGAAUGAGCCUGAGGGGAGACACUUCGGAAGUUCGUCAGUCGCCCACGCUAUCUCUGCCGUGCGAUCCCCUGCAGCCGCCGCAGGCGAACACUCCGAACGAAAUGUCGUCCCAGACUCUUCUGCAGACAGACUUUCAACUCCACCCCACAUCAUCUCCCCACCUCUCGCCGCAGACGUACGUCUCUUCGCCCAUGCAGGCCGUCGUGCUCCCUCAGCCGCUGGUCAUAGACCCGGCCCACUCGGCUCAACUCCACGCCGAGUCUCCGAUAAACACGGUGUCCUACACCACCCCACACAUCAGCACUGUCCCGCAGACGUUGGCUCCCUCGAACAUGUUCGCCACUCCUCAUCAUCCUUACAGUACGGCACCCCAGAUCUGCACGGCUCCUCAAGUUCACGUUGUGGCGGCAGGAGGUCGAGCUCCGUCUCCAGCUCCUCCGGACAUCAUCACUUCUCAGGCUCCCAUGAUGAUGAUGACGCAGCUUCAAAACACGCCGCAGAUUCAUAUUGAAUCUGAAGACCAAUUAAUGUCACACAUGCAGGAGGCAGCCCCCAAAACCCUCAUCAGAGUACACGAACCGCUGAUGAGUCCCGAAGUAGCACAGCAACAGCAGAUGGCUCAGGAAGCGUCUGCUGCAACACACUCCGACGGUGAAGU